ACGUGUGUCGCAUUUUGACAUUAGUGGUGUAUGGAGCUUUGCUCUCUCUCGUCGAAAUGGAACACAAACUUCUUGAAAACGCAAGCAAACUUCUGCAGCAAAACGUUCAUGGAUCAAAUUCAAAGCAAACAUCUAAGUUAAUAGCCAGGCAUUCAGCGGACCAUUCAGUGGAUACAUUGAUUUUCUCGGGAAAGAAACGUGGUUCUCUUCACGACUGGAUCAGUCAAGUCAAUGCCAACCUGAGUACGUCUGCAUCAAGGCUUGAAGGUCUUGUCAUCUUAAGAGCCAUUAUACAGCAAUGUUCUCAGGAAACCUUUUCAGAAUGCUGUGUGACCUGGGUCAGACUACUUAUCAGUAUCUUUCAGCCUCACCAAACUCCAAGCAUAGUAGAGAUCGCAUCUGGAAUCCUGGUGGAUAUCUUCAAAACCGCAUCAUCUCAGAGCAAUGAAAUCACCAGAGAUCUAGCAAUCAAUCACAUCCCUGGUUUACUGGGAACCUUACUCAAUGCUGAGUCAGAGGAGUGGUUGGUUCCUAGUCUCCGCCUCCUGGCUGUGUGUAUGGAAUGCUUUCCUGGUCCUUGCGGUGCAAUCAGCUACAAACUUGAAGCAAUGAUCACUCCACAUCUAGACUCCAUCUAUCCUGAUAUUCAAAAGUUGGCCCAAAAAUGCUAUCCAUUGUUAGCUCGGCUAGGAGGAGGUGGUUCUGGAGGCAUCAAAUACACAGAAGCAUUCAAACAUUACUCCAUGUUGAUAUUAAACACACUCAGAACGAAACUUGCUGUGCUCUAUGUAGAAUAUGCAUCAGAUCUUGAGCCUUCUUCUGAAGAGGGUAUUGAACCCAUAUCUCUCAGUCUCGCUCCUAUCGAAGAACCAAUGAGAACGUUUCAUCUCACCAAUCAGAUAGAAUCACUUACUAAGUGUCUCCAGAUUAUGCUAAGAAAUGAAUUCCCUGCCAAGGCUUCCAUCCCAGUGAAAUCCAUGUUAGAUUACAUUUCAAGUGCUCUUGAUGUUACAGGCAAAACACUGGAUGAUCAUGUGACUUCAGAAUCAUCCAUGUUAGCCCUCGUCCUUCCCAGAAUUCAUCAGGCUACUUUACAACUUCUAAAGGCUCUAAUUGAAAGCUGCUGCAUAAAUCACUACAAUCAUCAAAUAAACCAGAUCUUCCUUAAAAUGCUUGGAUGGACUCAUUCACAGGCCAUGGUAAAACCAUUCAGAAACCUACGAGCCGAAGUAUACCGGACCAUUGGGACGUGGCUCAAGACUGCUGGGGUAUCGUCUGGAUUUGCUACGAUGGCAGGAGAAAAACUGAUACAUCAAUGCAUACAAGAUGCUACGCCACCAGUGAGCACAACAAAGUUGACAAGUGGUGUGCAGGCCAAGAGUGAGAAGAAAGGAGGGAAGGUAAAGGUCAAGGGUCAGAGUUCACAGAGCAGUGACCUAUCAUCCAGAGGUCAACAAUCUGACCAGUACCUUGACAGGGUACUCUGUUUGACAGCAUUACAAGCAUUGCGACAGUUGAUGCUGACAAGUGGAGUCAAACUGAAAGCGAACCUUCAUCAAGACGUCUACCAGUUUAUCAUCCCUCUCUUGACUAAGAUCCAGAGCAGUGAUGCCUCCAGCAUUCCAUCACCAUACACCUGUUCUGAGUGUAGGAAGGAGCUGUAUGGGAUACUCCUAGCAGUGGUACUGGUACCCCACCCCCAGGCCCCUUCACCCCUCAACCUGGCUGUGGCUAUCUUCAAAGAGGGAAAGAAUGACAGGAGUAUAGAAGUAUCUAGUGCGUGCAGGGAAGCUGCCGUAAUCUGCGACACCAUCAUUCACCCCCGGAGACCUCCCGUACCUUGCGCCAAAUCCCAGGCCCCGCCUACCUCCUUGGUGCUCCAAGCUCCGCCCACUCCCGCACCAGGUACUUCCACCCUUCAGGAAGAACAAGUUGCCAUGGAAAUUGACUCUGGUGACAAAACAUAUCCAAGUGAAAGGAUAGUGUCUUCCACCAAAGAGUGUGAGGUCCAGAUAGUGUCUCCAUUGCUUGAUAGUGAUGUACAAACUGUCGCUGAUGAGCAUCCACAUGUUUCAAUACAGGAUGAUGCCAAACACAACCGGGAAAUAUCCAAUACUUUACCUGAUAGCAGAAAAACUGAUAAGGCAUCCACAUCAAUUACCAGUGAUGUAAGAACAGAUAGUGAGGAUGAAAACAAAGAGCAGGAGGAGGAAGAAGAAGAGGAGAUGCAGGAAAAAGAGGAGAAAGAUGAUGGUAAGAAGACAGACGAGAAGAAAGCCUAA